CAGUUCCCGACAAAACAUGCAUUGCAUUUUUCCCCCUGUGUUUUGUGCACAUGGACUGUGUUACUUCCUGGACAAAAAAAGACACAACACAACAAUGGAUCCUGUUGUUAUUUUAUGGUGUUGUUUAUCAGGUAUACUAGCAUUAACAAUUGGCGUUGGAGCACAUGUUCAUGAGUUAGAUGACAGGAUACUGGAAGCUAAGAACCAAGGCCCAUGGCUUAUUGAGUUCUAUGCACCAUGGUGCGGUCACUGUCAAAAGCUCGCCCCGAUCUGGCAGGAGGUGGGGACCAAACUGGCCAAAAGCAACCCCAAUAUACGAGUGGGUAAGCUGGACGGCACCCGAUUCUCAAGUGUUAUGAACAACUUUGACGUUAGAGGGUUUCCUACAAUAAAAUUUUUACAUGGAGAUAAGGAUCUAACUCACCGAGGAGGCAGAACAAUUAAAGAUAUUGUAGAUUUUGCAGUAAAGGCCAAUGGGCCAGCAGUACGUAAGAUGACCAAAACCAGCGAGUUCAAGCAAGCUGUCAAGGACCAUAAAGCAUUCUUUCUUCUGGUGACUGCGGAGCAGAAUCCAGAGUCCGAUCUUUCUAAAUUAUAUAGCACUGUAGCAGAAGCAAAAAUUCUAGAGAGUUUUUACUACCAAGGGUCAAAUAAAGUCUUACCGGCCGAUAAGAAGGUGGAUGAGAAAGACUUACCGGCAUUGGUUGUAUUUAAGGAUAAGAAGCACUACAAGUAUGAAGCUCCUGAAGGAGGAGUGACUGAGGAGGAUGUUAAGACGUGGAUAAUGAAUGAAAGAUUUCAAGCAUUCCCUCUGAUCGAGAAUAACAACAUAAACCUCCUCGCACAAUUAGAUAAAUUCUUGGUAUUAGCUUUAGUGAAUCCUAGCGUAGACAAUCACAAGAAGCAUCCUCAUUACAUCAUGAAGGACACUGUACGCAAAGUGGCCCUGGAACACAGGCAGCAGUUUCAUGAAAAGUUUCAGUUUGGUUUCAUGGAGAAUAACGAUAUAGCAAACGAUAUCACUCUGAGUCAGUUAGAAAGACCUGGUAUCCUGGUGGUCAAUCCAGACACCUAUGAAUACUAUAAUUUUGAAGAGCCGCUAGAGGUUACCAUAGAAUCAUUGAGCGAAUUCUUGGUCAGCAUUGAAGAGGGAAAUAUCGAGCCAUUAGGUGGCAACAGCUGGUAUAGGAAAAUCUACAGAGUUAUCUACGAAGUUGUCAGAAGUUUAGUGGCCCUAUGGAUGUCCAGCCCCAUCUUGACCACCGGUCUCCUGGUCAUCCCGUCCUUCCUCAUGAUCUUCAUCUGCUACAGCAUCUGGUCGGCUGACCCUUAUGAUGAGAGUGACCCUCCUCCAGACAGCGAAGACGAGGAUGAAGACGAAGAAAUGGAAGGAGAAGAAGAGGAAGAAGGAAAGAUGGAGGAGCUAGAGGACGAGGCAGAAGGGCAUCUCAAGUCAGCCUAGGUGAAAGCUUUUUACCCUUGGGAAAAGUCAGAAAAACUGAAAGCCUGAAAGUCUAUUAUGAAUACUAAAUCAUGAAGGUCAGCUCUUGUACUGAAACAAUUUUCCUAUUUUUGUCCCAAGGACCCAAAACAUACCUUGCCUAGGGUCAAAAAUAGUCAUAGUAAAAAUAUUAAAAAAAGGCUUGUCAAUGCACAGAAUUGUAUUUUUACAUGUAUGUGCACUAUUGUCCUAUUUGUUUUUCACCUGACACUAUCCUGUAGCAGUCCUCGAACUUCAUUUAUGAAGGGGCACAGCAAUUUCCCUCUGGUAAGGGGGACUUACAUGUAUAUGAGGAAAAUUUACAAUUUCAUUGAAACUGAGCAAGGGGCACCACAGCAAAAGCACAUGGCACCAUGGUAGUCGCUGUGGGUGCCAAGGUUGUUUUGAGGCUUGGGAAGGGAUAAAACUUAAUUGCUAUUUCCAUUCAGAUUAUUAGUGUGAUUAUUGUGACCUCAAACAAGAAAAAUGUGAAGAGGAACACAGUAUAUGACAUAUGUAUAUGAUGGACAACAGGAGACUUUCCACCGCUAGGUGGCAGCAGACUUACCGGGUAAAUUUCCAUUGUUUACGUAUUUCUGAACAUGCGCAUACUUCUGAGAACAAAGGAUUUACCCGGUAAGUCUGCUGCCCUCUAUCGUUCCAGAAAGUCUCCCAUUGAGAUAAUGGGAUUUCUAAAGUGCAGCACUACGAGGGGAAAACUCCGGUAGAAUAUCUCACAGUAUUUUGCCUGUGGAACAGACACAGUAAGGGGAUUAGAGGGUAGACCAUUUUGUGGUCAAAUAAUAGUUUGUUAGAACAACAGUUUCAUAUCAAAAUGAAUGUUCGAUUUUAUUUCUUUGUCUGUUAUAAUAUCUGAAAGAUUAAGGUAAUAUCAUAAUUUGCUGUGAUGUUUUUUUGUUCACAGUGCUAUUAAUUUUUAUAUUUUACUUUUUAACUAUUCUAGAAGUGGCAUUAUUGUUUCCCAACCAUGUAACAUACCAAGGAGCUACAACAAUUAAUUAUUAAUGGGGAUUGGUGCUAACAAUUACCACCUUAGAUUUUCCACUAAAUAUUACCAAAAGUUUUCAAAACGCUUGGAAGCUCAUAAUUCCCCACAAAAAAUGAGAAGUACUUACCUUCUCAUGCUGUAAUGACAUGUAUAACCAACAUAACCAAACAUUUUCAUUUGG